AAAAUGGGUCGUAAAAGAAAGAGUAAAGCUACUGUAGCUAGAGAGCAGAAGGAGAGAAUGAGAAGUAGACGACAAAGCAGUGUUGCCUCUAUAGAGUUGGCACCUCUAGCAAAAUAAGAUCAAGAAAGCUAAUUCAGGGGAAAACAGAAAAUGAAGAAACUGACCUUAAUUUAAGAGAUCAAGAAGAAACUAGAAAUGAGGUAAGGAAUUUAGAAAAUACAUAUUCAGUUAAUCAACCAUUUAUGAUGCAAGGUAGUUUCCAUCAAGGUGAUGACAGGUUCAGAAACAAUAGUGGUAAACAAUGUGUAGCAAAUUCAUUAACAGCCAUAGCUUACAGCAAACUCAGUUUGAUUGAUAAUUGGAAUAUGACUUUCUUGGACAAAAUCUUGAUAGAAGGGAAUAUUUUGUAUACUUGGAUUCAUGGUGAUAAUGAAGAAUUGUUAGUAACAGAAUUGCCGAAAAUGGUGGAAAUAAGAGAUAUGAUUGUUAAGUGUAACAGAAAAGAGUCGAUAUUUGCUUUAAUAGAUAAUAAUGGUAAAAUUGAAUUUAAUGUUCUUUCUUUGGAUCAUGCUCUUCAAGAGGCUCUUAUUGAUUCAGAUGGAUGUUUUGUUUGUGUAAGGGGUUUUACUAGUGCCAUUAUUAGGCAAAAUGGGAAAAUGUAUUUAUUUGAUUCGCAUGCUAGAAAUUGUUUUGGUUUACAAGACAGCUGUGGUAAAAGCGUUGUUAUUCAAAUAAAUGAUGUGAACAGUUUGUACCAACACUUUUACAAUUUUGUGCAAGGGGAUGUAAAUGCAGAAUUUGAAGUAACAGGUAUCAACAUCGAAAUUCAAGAUGAAGAUUCUGUCACUAACAAUCUUGACAAAUUUAUUGGAAAUAUUAACAAUAGAGAGGUUUUAGAGGAUGAAAACAACUCGGACGUAGAAUUUAUUGGUGUCCCAACUCAAACCUGCUAUUUGUUUAAUCCAAUUGAUUAUUGUACAAAAAGAAAACUUUGUAAUAUUUUAGAUAUUAAAUCGAAAUUUGUUUUGAAAAUCCCGCUUAUGCCAACACACAGUAUAGGUACGCCUUUAAAAUCAAAACAAAUCACUGCAGACGGCAACUGUUUAUUCAGAGCUAUUUCAUAUGCAGUAUCAAACAGGCAAGAAAACUUUAAACAAAUAAGAAAUGAAUUAGUGCGCCACAUCUUGCGUCAUUCACAUCAGUUUAAUUCUUUUCUUGAUUCUGAAACAGUCAAUGAGUAUAUGAAACGUACUAAUAUGAUAGAAGACAAUGUUUGGGGAACUGAGUUAGAAAUUAUAGCUGCUGCUGAUUUAUUAAAAACUGACAUUUUUACAUAUUUAGAAGGUAAAUGGAUUAAAUACUCAUCAAAGCAAAUCUGUAGCAAGAAUAAUGUGAAUGAUCAAGCAAUUUAUCUUAAUAAUGUAGGUAAUCACUAUGAAGUUGUUCUUUCUGUUUUACCUGGUGGUAAAGAAGAGGUAACGUUAAAGAGUAAAGAAAGUGCCAAGAAACGAAAUCAAUCUGGUAUAGAGAAAGACCAAAUGAACUUACACUAUGAACUAUCUCAUGAAGGUACAAUGAAGAGAAAAUAUGAACAACAUGAGUUGAAUAUUCCAAAAAAAGUCCUGAAAAGAGAAAAAAAUAGUUUUGGUUUAAUUGUGGAAGAAAAAUAUUUGUUGGAAAGGCCAAGAAAAGAACCAGGUGUUUGUAAACCUCCAGGAAUAGAAGAAGGUUUUAAAAAAUCUGAAAAAGAAAAAAUGAAGUAUCAGAUGGAUCCUCAGUUUAGAUUCAAUAAAUUAGAAAAAAAGAAAAUGAGGUACAAACAAGAUAAGUCAUACAAAGAAGGGUUAAUUCAAACUGGAAAGGAAAAGUAUAUGAAUGAUGCUAAAUACAGACAAUAUAUACAACAAGCUUCUAAAGAUAAAUAUAUUAGUGAUAAAAAAUACAGGGAAUCAAAGAAAAUAGGAAGUAUUCAAAAGUAUGCAAAUGAUGAAGAACACAAAAGUGCAGUCAAACAGGCAAGCAUACAGAAAUAUGCUGAUGAUGAUGAAUUCAAAGGUGAAGUCAAACAGGCAAGCAUACAGAAAUAUGCUGAUGAUGAUGAUUUCAAAAGAAAAGUCAAACAGGCAAGCAUACAGAAAUAUGCUGAUGAUGAUGAUUUCAAAAGAAAAGUCAAACAGGCAAGCAUACAGAAAUAUGCUGAUGAUGAUGAAUUCAAAAGUGAAGUCAAACAGGCAAGCAUACAGAAAUAUGCUGAUGAUGAUGAUUUCAAAAGAAAAGUCAAACAGGCAAGCAUACAGAAAUAUGCUGAUGAUGAUGAUUUCAAAAGAAAAGUCAAACAGGCAAGCAUACAGAAAUAUGCUGAUGAUGAUGAUUUCAAAAGAAAAGUUAAACAGGCAAGCAUACAGAAAUAUGCUGAUGAUGAUGAAUUCAAAAGUAAAGUCAAACAAGCAAGCAUACAAAAAUAUGCUGAUGAUGAUGAUGAUUUCAAAAUUAAAUUGAAAGAUCAGUUGUUGACAAGAAGACAGAAUGCCAAAGAAGAAAGUAAAGACAUUAUAAAAGUUAUUGAAAAUUUUAGGGAAAAUGUAAGUAAGGGUCCAGAAUUUGUUUGUGCUUGCUGCUUUAGACUUUGUUUUGAAAAUCAAGUUGUUCAAUGUAAAAGAGAAUUGUAUAAACCAGGUUCUGCUAAAGCUAUAGCGGACACAUGCAUUUCUGAGAAGUAUUUACAUAUAUGUUCAAAUGAAUGCAGAGAUGAAUGUUUAUUUAAGCAAACAAACAGAGUUACACUUUGGAUUUGUUACACAUGCCAUAGAAAGAUUCUUAAAGGAAAAAUACCUGCUGAAUCUUUUGCUAACAACUUGGCUUUAGAAGAUAUUCCAUUAGAACUUAACAGAUUAAAUCAACUAGAACAACACCUUAUUUCAUUAAAUAUACCUUUCAUGAAAAUUGUUGCUUUACCUAAGGGUGGACAAAAAGCUGUGCAUGGUCCAUGUGUUUGUGUACCAUCAGAUAUUUCAAAGGUCACAACAACUUUGCCUAGAUCAGAAGAUGAUAAUUGUUUAGUGAAAGUUAAACUCAAAAGAAAAUUACAGUACAAAGGUUAUGAGGAAUAUCAGUUUGUGGACACUAAACAUUUGGAAGAAGCCUUGUCCUUUUUAAAAGAAAAGAAUGAUUGGUAUUCAAAUGUUGAAAUAGAUGGAGAGUGGUUGAAUCCAAUUCCAACAUCAGAGAUUAAAUGUGGUGCUGAUAAAAAAGAUAAUGAAAGUAAUACAAGAACUGACAGAGUAAUAAAGGAUAACUUGGAGGACAAAACAGGCAAAAAAGAACAGGAAGAUGCAGUUGAUUCAUAUUUAGAUGAUAGUUUACAGGGUGUACAGUUUGACACAUGCUUACAGCCUGCUGACAUUGCACAGGAAGCAUUGGAUUUAUUGUUUGAUCAAGAGUUUAAUAUAUCCCCUGCAGAAGGAAAUAAUCCAGUCAGUUUACUGAAAGAAAAGGGCAUUGAAGCAAAAACCUUUCCAGUGCAUUACCCUACAGGUAAAAACACUUGGAAUGAGGACAGAGAAGAAAAAUUAUCUUUAUUAAGGUAUUUUAAUUUGAGAUUAAUGAGUGUCGAAAAUAGGUUUGCUAGAGAUACUUCCUACAUAUUCUUUUGCCAGUAUAUGUCUGAACUAGAUAGGGUCAUGUCAAAUGUACAGAUAUCGUUACGGAAAGGGUCAGUAUUUUCAGAUGGACAGAAAGUAACAAGUAAAAUGCUGUGCAAUAAGGAGUCUUUAAAUGGAUUAUUUAGAAAAGAUGAAGCUAUCAAGUUCAUGAAACCUGUCCGAGGAACACCACCAUAUUGGCAAUCUAUUCAGAAGGACAUUUUUUGUAUGAUUAGACAGUUAGGUAUACCCACAUUCUUUGCCUCAUUCUCAUCCGCAGAUUUUAGAUGGAAAGAAAUUGUAGAAACCAUAUUGAAGCAGCAAGGAGAUAUUCGUAAUGUUGACGAUCUUAGUUGGGAUGAAAAAUGUAAAGUCCUUUGUAGUAACCCUGCUACAGCAGCAAGAAUGUUUGAUCACAGGUUUCACAAAUUUCUUAAAGAUGUGAUAAUGUCAGAUGCUGAACCAAUUGGUCAUGUGAUUGACUACUUUUAUAGAGUUGAAUUUCAACAGAGAGGUUCCCCACAUACUCAUUGUGUAUUUUGGGUAGAAGAUGCCCCCAAAUUUGGAGUAGACAAUGAUGAUACUGUCACAAAGUUCAUUGAUAAGUAUAUCUCUUGCAAAUUACCGUUGGAAAAUGAUGACCCAGAGCUUACUGACAUUGUUAAAACCGUUCAACAGCAUAGCAAAAACCACUCAAAAAGUUGUAGGAAAAAAGGAACAGAGUGUCGGUUCAAUUUCCCAAGACCACCAUCUGAAAAAACAUUUAUAUCCCGUCCAAUUGAAGACAAUGAGGAGGAUAAGGAACAUGAUAAAGAUGCUGAUGAUGGUAAUAAGUCUGAAUCUGAAAGCAGUAAACCAUGUGAAAAGACAUUUAUACCAUGUCCAAUGAAACCUGAUGAUCAUCAUCAUCAUGAUAAACAUACUGAUGGUGAUAUUAAUGAGAAAUCAGAAUCUAAGGGCAGUAUCUUAAAAGCAAAACAGAUGUUAGCAUGUUUAUGGGAUGUAAUUAAAGAGUGUGAGGAUAAAAGUUUGACUACCGGUGAAUUAUUUUUGAAAGCAGGAAUGUCUCAGGAAGAUUUUCAAGAAUGUUUUAGAUGGAUAACAUACAGAAAUACUGUUGUGUUAAAGAGAAAUAAAGAUGAGUUGUUUAUUAAUCAGUACAACCCUCAUCUGCUGAAAUCAUGGAAUGCAAAUAUGGAUAUUCAGUACAUAUUGGAUGCCUACUCGUGUGUGGUUUACAUUAUAAGCUAUAUAAGCAAAUCAGAACGUGAACUUGGCUUGUUACUGCAGCAGACAAAAAUUGAGGCAGCGGAUGGAAAUUUGGAUGCACAGCAGACUAUGAAAAAAGUAGGCACAGCAUACUUUCACUUUCGAGAACUAAGUACACAAGAAGCUGUUUUCAGAGUCAUAGGUUUACGUUUAAAAGAAUGUUCUAGAAAAGUGCAAUUCAUUCCAGUAGGAGAAAAUCCAUGCAGAAUAAGUAGACCCCUCAAAGAACUGCAACAAAAAUCAAAAACAUUAAAGAUGAAGAAGUCUAUAGAUGAAAGCAGUGAUGAUGAUGGUGAUAGUGAUGAUAUUUGGCUGAAAAGUAUUACUGAUAGGUAUACAAAUAGACCUGAUCUAGAACGCUUUGAUCAGAUGUGUUUAGCAACAUUUUGUUCUGAAUUUUCAGUGUUAGCAGAGACACAGAUACCAAAUAAAAUUAAUGAGGACACCACAUUCAAACUUAAGAAUGAUAUGGGGUAUAUCAGAAAAAGGACAAGGACUUCUGAUGCUGUUAUAAAAUAUGCAAGAUUUUCUGUAGAAACAGCUCCUGAACAAUACUACCAAAGUAUAUUACAGUUGUUUUUGCCAUACAGAUUAAAUGAGCAAUUAAAACCACCACAGUUUUUAUCAUAUGAGGAUUUUUACAACUCUGGAUUUAUAAAGUACAGUCAGAUGGAAGAUCUCUGUUCAGUUCAAAAUAAAGUCAACUUUAACAUGUCAAAAUUUGUGAAGAAAGACAAGGAGCUAGAGAUUGCAGAGAAACAAUUGGAAGAAAGAGGAUAUCAAGAGGAUGCAUGGGCACAACUAUGUCCAGAAACAGAGAAAGAAAGACAUGAAUGUAAUGAAGUUGGUGAAAACACAACCACUCAAGAGGUAGAAAGUCCUGAAUUAGAAAUACCAGAUUUGAAUCAGACUGACAAGCCAACUGAAAAUGGAAUGGUUCAAAAAACAUGUUUUUCAAGGUCUGAAGUUAUACCGUUGUUGAGAACUUUGAACGAGAAACAAAAGCGCAUAUUUUUUAAGAUCAGAGAGUGGUGCAAUUUUAAAGUGAAUGGUAAGAAUCCACCGCCAUUUCAUGUGUUUGUAACUGGUGGUGCCGGAACAGGUAAAAGCCAUCUGAUUAAAUGCUUGUAUUAUGAGGCCACAAGAAUUCUUGCACACUGUUCCCCAAAUCCUGAUGAUUUGACUGUGUUGUUAACUGCACCAACUGGCACAGCAGCUUUUAAUAUAAAUGGAUUGACAAUUCACAGUUCACUUUCCAUUUUUAAAGGUUUAUCUGUUGAAAAAGCUAUGCUUGGAGAAGAUAAGCUGAAUAGUUUAAGGUCCAAAUUAGAGAAUUUACAAAUUCUCAUCAUAGAUGAAGUCUCAAUGGUCAACAAAAGGUUGUUAUUUUUUAUUCAUCAAAGGUUGCGUCAAAUUAAGAAAAGGCCUGAGAAGUAUCCUUAUGGAGGAGUUUCAGUGAUAGCAGUGGGUGAUUUCUAUCAAUUACCACCAGUAAAAUCAAAAAGGUCAGAUAAACUUUAUGUUAAUGAUCCAUCAAAUCCUUUGAAUUAUCUGUGGAAUGAUCUUUUUUCUGUUGUGGAAUUAGAUGAAGUCAUGAGACAGAGAGAAGAUAGUUUGUUUGCCCAGUUGUUGAAUAGACUAAGGGUCAAACAGAACAAUUAUCCACUAAAAUCUUCAGAUCAAGAAAUGUUGAAAGAGUGCAUAGAUAGUGGACCAGAUGAAGCUCUGCACAUUUAUGCUACAAAUAAUGAAAUUAACAUGUACAAUAAUGAAAUGAUUAUGAAGUUGUCGAGUGAGCCCAAAUUAAUUGAAGCUCAAGAUUUUGAAAAAGAUAAGACAACAGGGAAACUUAUGAAGAGAAGACAGAAUUUUUCAAAAACCAAUAUUUGUCUUCCAACAUCAAUCCUGUUAGCAGAAGGAGCUCGUGUGAUGAUGAUAAAAAAUGAAGCAGUCAGUGAUGGUUUGGUGAAUGGUGUUAUGGGUACUGUUCUCAGUAUUUCAGAAUUUUCAAAAGGAGCAUUACCGAACAACAUAUAUAUUCAUUUUGAUAAUGAUAGAGUUGGAAAAAAUGCAAAAGUACAGAAGAUAAUAAAUGGAAAAAGAUGUGUUGGAUUAGAACCAUCUACAGAAAAUAUACCAUUUAGUAAUGGAACAAGAAAACAGUAUCCUCUGCAGCUAGCAUGGGCAUGUACUGUUCACAAGGUUCAGGGUUUGACAGUGCCACAGGCAGUUGUCUGCUUGAAUAAAUGUUUUGCCUAUGGUCAGGCAUAUGUUGCAUUGAGUAGAGUUACUUCAAAAAAUGGGCUGACUAUAUUACCAAUUGAUGAUAAAACUUUGAACAAAAAAAUAUACAGUGAUCCUGAUAUAAUGGAGGGGAUGAAAUCCAUGGAUAAUUUUUUGUCUCAAAAUGACACCAUAGUUUCAAAUCAUAAAGCAGGUUUGUCAAUAGUUUACCACAAUAUUCAAGGUCUAAAGGCUCACCAAAAUGAUUUGAAAGCCAAUUCAGACUUCCAAAAUGCAAAUUAUAUCUGUUUGACUGAAACAUGGUUGGAAUCUUGUAGUGAUGAUGUUCACCUUCCUAAUUAUAAACUUCAUCAUUUGCCAAGGUCAGCAGCAUUUGCAUCAAAUAAUCCUUUGUAUGCUUCUUUACAAGAAAUGAGUCAUGGUGGAGUUGGUGUAUAUGUUAAGUCAGAUUCUGAGUAUGAAGAAUUUGAUACAUCUCAAAAAAAUCUUGAAUGUAUAAUUUUCAAAGUUCCGAAAAUGAAUGUUCUAAUUGCUACAAUAUAUAGAACUCAAAAAUACCAAAUUGAACUAUUUUUAAGAAAUGUUCAUGCUCUUUUGUCAGAAUUGACACAGCUUUCAAGCAGUAUUAUUGUUUUAGGAGACUUUAAUCAAGACAUAAUAAAGGGUGGCAGUUCAAUUCAAGAUUUUAUGGCUUCAUUUGGAUUUGAACAGUUAGUACAAGAGGCAACAACAGAGGGUGGUACACUGAUUGACCAUGUUUAUAUCAAAAGUUGUGUUAAAGUACAAGUAAGUGUUAUUCCAACUUAUUACAGUUAUCAUGAUGCAAUAUCUGUCAUUUUGGAAAUAAACCCUACUUCUUGA